AUGGCGGACGGCAUUGAUCGACGAAAUGACGACAGGCUGGAGUUCAGCACCUCGAAGGAGGUGACAGUCGCCCCGACCUUCGAGGAUAUGCACCUGAAGGAAAGUUUGCUUCGCGGUAUUUAUGCAUACGGUUACGAGUCGCCAUCCGCUGUCCAGUCUCGCGCCAUUGUCCAGAUCUGCAAAGGCCGCGACACGAUCGCUCAGGCGCAGUCCGGUACUGGUAAAACCGCUACAUUCUCGAUCAGUAUCCUCCAAGUCAUUGAUACGGCUGUACGCGAAACUCAGGCUCUUGUCCUUUCCCCCACUCGUGAACUUGCGACUCAGAUUCAGUCCGUUAUCAUGGCCCUGGGUGACUACAUGAACGUCCAAUGCCACGCUUGUAUUGGAGGCACAAACAUUGGAGAAGAUAUUCGCAAGCUGGAUUACGGUCAACACGUUGUUUCGGGCACUCCAGGCAGAGUCGCAGAUAUGAUCCGCAGACGCCACCUCCGUACUCGUCACAUCAAGAUGCUGGUCCUCGACGAGGCUGACGAACUGUUGAACCGUGGUUUCCGCGAACAAAUCUACGAUGUCUACCGCUACCUUCCUCCCGCUACCCAAGUUGUUGUCGUUUCCGCUACCCUCCCCUACGAUGUCCUGGACAUGACAACCAAAUUCAUGACUGACCCUGUGCGCGUCCUGGUCAAGCGUGACGAAUUGACCCUGGAAGGCAUCAAGCAGUACUUCAUCGCGGUAGAGAAAGAAGAGUGGAAAUUUGAUACUCUUUGCGACCUUUACGAUACCCUGACCAUCACCCAGGCCGUGAUCUUCUGCAACACCCGCCGGAAGGUAGACUGGCUCACCGAUAAGAUGCGUGAGGCCAACUUCACCGUAUCCAGCAUGCACGGCGAGAUGCCCCAGAAGGAACGUGACAGUAUUAUGCAAGAUUUCCGCCAGGGUAACUCCCGUGUUCUCAUCUCCACCGAUGUUUGGGCCCGUGGUAUCGACGUUCAGCAAGUCUCGCUGGUCAUCAACUACGAUCUCCCCACCAACCGUGAAAACUACAUCCACCGUAUCGGCCGAAGCGGUCGUUUCGGACGCAAGGGUGUCGCCAUCAACUUCGUCACCAGCGAUGACGUGCGGAUCCUGCGUGACAUUGAAUUGUACUACUCCACACAGAUCGAUGAGAUGCCCAUGAACGUUGCCGAUCUCCUUUCGUAA